AUGGUUUAUAUUUUCUUCGUUUCACCAAAUACAAAUGAAUGUGACAGUAAUCCCUGUGGGCCAAACUCCCAGUGCCAAAAUACACAUGGAAGUUUGAGUGUGUCUGCAACGCUGGAUCUCAAUGAAUGUGAAUCGACUCCUUGUGGUCCCAACGGCGUCUGCUCCAACAGCCCUGGAAGUUUCAGCUGCAACUGCAGUACAGGAUACGCUUUCAGUGGGGGAUCUUGUGUGGACAUCGAUGAAUGUUUGAGCAAUCCAUGUCCAAAUGUCUCCGUGUGCACGAACACUCCUGGAAGUUACCUGUGUCAGUGCCCUCCUGGUUACAACUUGACCUCAGGAGCUUGUGUUGAUAUCGAUGAUUGUGCUUCUGCCACUUGCCCUCAGCACAAAUUUUGUAGUGAUAAACUCCUGGGCUAUGAUUGUACUUACUACACUUGUGCUGAGCGAUGCCAAUAUGGCGCAAUUUUCAUAGAGGAAUUUGGAAGUUGUUUUAAGCUCAUUAUUGGAGAGAUGACCUUCGAGGACGCAAUGCCACGUUGUAAGCAGGACUUCGUUACCAUACAUAAUGUGAAAAGUGAUGAAGAUUUUCCAAUAUUGGCUUCAUAUUUCCUGGCUGGCAUUUCAGAUAUGGCCUGGGUUGGACGUGCCGCAGCCUACAAUGACUCUAUCACGGGUACCUGCCUUGGUAUGACCUCGACCAGUAACCCACCUAGGGCUAAGAGUCUGCAAUGUGAUUCCAAGCUCAGAUAUGCUGUUUGUGUUGCAAAGAAAUACUAUUAGUUUGAGCAAUUGCCAAGAUGUUACAAAGUUGUAAAACAAAUUAUUUUCUGCAAAAAAAAAUAUUUGACCAAUCUUCAAGGUUAUUUUGAAAUUGUAAACAAUUUAUCUG